CAGAGAGCGGAGCCGGGCUAGUGGCUGGUCCUGCGCGCCGAGGUGAGAGCGCCCUGGAGCGACCCCCGGCCGGAGCGAAGCUUCGGAUGCGGCUGCAGCAGGGCUCGGGGCGCGCGUGAGAGAGGCUUACGGCGCCAGGAGCCGGUCGAGGCCGAGAGCGGGUCGCGCAGGGCAGCCCGCGGCGGGGUCCAUGCGCUGUGCCCGGCCGGGGCAUUGCCUUGCAGCGUUUCAAGGGGACGAGAGCCCUGGAGGGAGCGCGGAGACUCGGGCGGCGGCGGCGGCGGCGAGGCCCGUGCGGGGAGGGUUAAAUGGAUCGCCACUCCAGCUUCAUCUUCGUGUGGCUGCAACUGGAGCUGUGCGCCAUGGCCAUCCUGCUAACGAAAGGUGAGUCCGGCUCACGAGAGGGGCUCCUUCCCGAUCCUGGGAUGGAGGCUUUUUAAGUUCGCGGGGGGCUUGCCGGAGAGCGUGUCGGUCGGUAGGCAGAAGGAAAGAGAAGGCAAAAGCCGCGCACUGAGCACAGAAAAACAAACGAACAAGGCAAGCGAUGGACUCGGCGUUGGUGGUGCUAACGGGACGCCGCUAUUUUGACAGGGGGGCAGCCCCACGGGAACGUGCAGCCCGGUCCUGUGCAAGGCGCACGGACCUGAUGGUAUUUAUUCCCAAAGAAGAGGAAAUAGGAUAACGUAAAACUAGCACCACUUAACAUAUUGCAGUGUACGUGCUGUCCUAUGCAUGGUUAUUCAGAGGCAAGCCCCAUUUGUGUUCAGUAGAAAAGCACGACUAGUAUUGCACCCGAACUCAGUGGGGCUCGCUUCCAAGUCAACAUGCGCAGGACCGGAUUAUGGGCUCUUUUUGGCGCAAGCAGCUCCCCUCUCUAAAUCCAGCCCGGUUCACGAAAGCUCCCUUCCUUUUGAGAUGCCUUAUUUAAUGCAUUUCGAUCCUUCGGCAGCUUUCAGAUUUUUUUUGCCCUAAAAAGAGCGGGGGGAUCAAAACAAAAUACGAUGAAAUACUGUUUCGAAGCGUGUGUGUGUGUGUAACCUAUCCUAGUCCCCGGGAUGAAGAAAACUCCUCGAAGAGGGAGGCGUGGGCCUGGGGUUGUUUUGCAGAGCAGCGUGGUGGGCUGGCGAGUGCUGGUGCGUGUUGACAACCGUACAAAGGCUUAACGUGAGGAUUGUCGCCCUGGGGGAAGCCUUUGAAGAGCUGCUGCGAGGCUUCCUGUAGGGUCAGGGGGAGGGCUGCUGGAGGAGACGGGGCGGGUACUCGGGAGCACCCGGAGGCUUUCUCCCGAAGAGAGAUGGGCCUUGGCUGGGCGGGGGGUGCAGGAGCGCGCGACCUGCGGAAGGGGGCGCUGCUGUCGUCCUCUGGGCUGGCGGCGGCGGCGGCAUCCAGGAGAGGCUUGGCCUCGCCUUCGAAGCGAAACAGAGCGGGAUUUAAAACUUGCAAGGAGGCGCGUUCCAAGCUGGGGCUGAUCCGUAGCAACUCCCGCCCUGGGUGGCCGGGGGUGAAGCCCGACUGCGCCCAGCCUCGCGCGUAAACCCGGCUGCGGGCCUCUUCCAAUUCCCUCGCCAAAGGCGCCCAGGGUCUCUGCAGCAGCCGCCGCCCCGUCGGGGUUGCAGAGGCUCGCCCAGCUGCCUCCCUCCCGCUAGCUCCCCUAGCGACGCGCUCUGGAGGGACGCCGUCGGUGGCGGGUGCGCGUUGGCAGUGACCGUCAAGAAGGGCUGUGUGCGCGCAGCAGCCAUUCCAGGGGGUUGCAUUUGGGGGAGCAGCCUGGUGCGGUCUCAAGCCCCGGCUUUUAUUUCCUUUCCCCAGGCUGGGGAGCGAAAUCUGGGGGUGACGUCGGGGUGUCCGUUUGCUCUGCUAGAAGCAAAAGCGGGCUUAGCUUUCUUUUGGUUGGGGUUGCCGCCCGUCGGAGGUGGCUUGGUGGGGCGGCGGCAGCAGCAGCAGCAGCUCCCAGCCAGCGAGGCAAGCCCGGUAGCCAUUUCCCCGGGGCAAUUGCCCGGCCGGGGCUUCUCCUGCUCCUGCUCCUGCUCCCGCUGCUCUCCCCUCCUGCGGCUAGCGAGCUCCGUGCGCCCGGCCCGGCGGGGCCUUUGAAGCGCUCUGCCAAGGCUUUGUGAGCGUGUCAUGUUUCCUCCUGGGCUGAGCUUCGCAGGCCAGAACAAGCUCGCCUGUUCUUGGAAGUGGCGUUGCUUGGGUUUCCUUCCCCUUUCCCCGCCCCCCGCCAGAGCCUUGCCCCGCUUCAUUGAGGGAAGUCAGACCUUAGGGGCAAGCGGUUGUCAAAAUGUUUUUGUUAGCAUGUCUUUAAUGAACUUCUGAACGUCUCCAGCCCACACCCACCCACUCCCUCUCCCUCUCCCAGCUCCAGAAAGCAGCGCUGGCCCAAGGCAAGCGUUACCGGUUUGCGGCUUUACCUGUUGAUAAGGUAAAAUUGGAAAGAGACCCGACUGUAUGCCCUCCCUUAUCCCUCGUGGCUAGAGGAGAAAUCCAGCCCAUGCAAGUAAGGGACUUGAAAGAAGUUUGCUCCUGCAAAGCGGCAACAACCAAAAUUGUGUUCAGGCUGUGUGAUCCUGUGAACCAGCACUUGAAUCCCUUAAUUUACAGAUGAUGUUUACUUCUGAGUAAACAUGUGCAGGAUUGGGCUGUGCACCCCUGAUUGUGAGAGGUGACCCCACUAAUAUGAGAUGUGAACUGUUAAGCAUCUUGCUGCAAAUGUUUGAAACUUCCUGUGUGUGUGUGUGAGCUCACACAAUCCACACUCUUCUUCCCUCCUCGCCACUUAAAAGAAUAAAAACUUAACUGGGGGAAGGGAGAGGAGGGAAUGGGAGAGGAGGGAAUGGGAGAGUUGAUGUCUCCCUAUAAUUGCCACGUUUCACAGAGAGGAGGUUAAAGGAUAAGCUAGCGCAGUGCUGAUGUGCUACAGUAUUUAUUUAUUUUGGAAAGAAGGGUGUAAUUAACCCCAAAUAACAGCCCUUGCAGCAAGCAGAGGGAAGUCUUCUGGCCCCAUCAAAGAGGGGCAGAGAAGGGAGUGACUGAGAGUAAUGUGCAGUUGCAGAUACUGAAACUAUGCGCCUGAUAAUGAUAUAAUUAGGGGAUCACAGACUUCUGGCUGCUGUCGACUUCAAAAGCUUUCGGAGAAGCCUGCAGUCUCUCCUGUAGCCACCUUGACUAAAAGCAGACAUUUUUCUUUAAUAGCUACAUACAGUAACAAGAAAGAGGAGGGGAACAGAAAGGGCAUUGUUCACUGUUUGAAAAUACCAAAUACCCUCCCUGGCCUUUUCCAUAGCUCAGGAAGAAACUUUAUGAAUUGACAGAAAUAAAAGGUUUGUUCCCCCCCUUCAAAAAUACGAUAACACAAAAAUGCCAUUCUCUUCUGCUGAGGGGGAGGUGGUGGAAUGUGUCUAAUUAAAAUGGAGUUGUAAUAACCCGAUGACUAGUCCGUCAUGUUUUGUUUAUGACACUGUGCUUGGUCAGGAAAAGAGUAUUGUACGAACGAUUGAAACACACAUUUUCUCUCUUGUGAUGCUCUCUUAAGACUGGAGUGAGAAAGGACUAGCUUAUAGAUUUCCUCCUUCCCCACCCCCAAAAAGAGUGUUUUGUGUUUAUCCACAACUUGUUUCAGUGAAAGCUGCUCAGCCGUCGGACUUGACUUGCUGGACAAUAGUUGCUUAAAUGACAUUUGCUUUCGAAAAGGGGACUUAGGAAGUUACAUGAUUGGUGGCGGCGGAACAGAAAUCCUUAAGGAAAGAGAAGUGCCUUCUGUAAAUCUAAGAACAUUGGACUUCUGGGCCCAACUGCUUGAAGAAGGAUAUCCGGAACGUGAAUGUCGCCUGUAACACAUCCCAUAUUAUUUUUUGAAUCUUGCUCUGGUUACCUGUUUUGGUGGAGAACCUCAAGGGACUCCCAAAAAUGCAAACACUUAUUUCAUCUCUGUGAUGAAAGACUUUCAAGCAACUGAAUAAGGGAAAUGCUUUCUGUCAAACUAGUUCUCUGAAUGUUUAAGCAAGCUUUUGAACUGCAUGUAUUCUUUGGCAGGCUUGGGCUUCAGAUCUUGCUUCACACAUUUACACAAAUGAGGGGCAAGCUUGUUUACAUACGGGCACUGUGUCAUUUGGCUUUGAUUAAGCAGUUUAUUAAAAUGUAAUGGCAUUCUAGGGAAGGCUGAACUUAAGAUAGUCUGGAAGGCGAGCCCUGCAGAACUGUAUGUAUGUGUAAAUGUGUUUGUAAUUCAUAUCUUAAGCAUAACCUGGGACGUAGUAUAUAUAGUGCAAUAUGACCUGGGUGGUAAAAUUAAAUAUAACUCUUAAUUUGGCAGAAGGAAGUUAUGAUUUUAAGGGCUUCACUUUUUUUUUAAAGGAAUAAGUGGCAGUUCUCUUCUGGCUGAAUCCCCCCUUUUUUUCUAAAAUAAGUGCUAUUCAUCACUGUGGUUGUUAAUACACUUCCUCCAGUAGUUUCUGAAGCUGAGAGACAGAUCCAGCUUGCCUCCCACCUUCCUUCCUUCCAUUCUCUGAACUGAUGGAACAGAUUUGAGCUGAAACGUCGAGAAGACAGUACAGUUUCUCUGUAUAGUAAAAUGAAUGCAUUUCUGAAGAAUGUAAAACGAAUAUGUUUUUUAAAGCACUUCCUUCUGAAAUUUUUGUGGUUUCCUGUGCGUUUUUUGUUCCAUACAAACAGUAGAGGAUUUCCAGUCCAAAUGUUUACCCUUUUUGACCACAUGAUGGGAGUGGGGAGUGGGGGGAAGGGAGGUGGUGGAAGGAGGGUUCAGUCUUGCCACCUCCCCCAUUUAUGAGCUUUCAUAUAAGUUGAAAGAGGUUGAUUUUGGUGAGCAAGACACUCUGAUUGUAAACUAAAGAUUUCCUGUUUUAUAAUAAAGACUAAAAAGAUAUUUUGCAUGAGAAGAUGAUGCUGUGAGAAGCCAGAUGCUUGGCGCACAUGGGAUGUGUGGCUAUUGUCAUUAUGUCCUGUUUCGUGAGUUUCCCAGGGGCUACUUUUGGAAAUGAAACGCUGGGUUAGAUGGACCCAACAAAGAAAUCCUUGUGUUAAGAAUUAACUUAAAUAAAAAUGCAUGCAUGAUUUUAGUACAUAAUUUCAUAAGGUGUUGGCUAAAGCUCUUAAAUAUCGGCACCGUGCCAAAAGGCAGUAAACAAUUCCAACCACUUUGAUUAAUUCUGCCAGGCGUAAAUAUUUGAAGUGUGCUUUUGACUUUGCUAUAUGCUGACGUAUGCAAUGUAGGUUUCGUUUUAGAGCAGAGAUGGAGAACCAGUUGCAGUAGGUUCAGUUUCCAUAUAAGCCUAAGUCAGCAUAGCCCAACGGCUGGGCAUAAAUGGAAGGUGUAUUCCAGCAACAUCUGAAUGGCCACAGGGUUUUCAGCCUUGGUUUAUAAUAACUAGUAUCAAAGGUAAUGUAAAGGACAAGUACCUGCAGAUUUGCAAAGAUGCUAAAUGGGGGAGUCAUUGCUGCCCAAAGUCCUGGAGAUGAGCUGGUAUGUGAUAAGUGACCAGUUUACAGAUUUUUGCCUAUGGAACUUUGCUUCAUAUGGAAUAAGCACCCUAAUCCCCAUUCGUCUACUGCUUCAGCUGCUAGAGUGGUGACUUGUUCCACUGUAGCUGAAUUGCUGGUGGUUCUGCAGGUGGGGCAGAACCAGCCAGCUUGCAGUUUUUGAUGGAAACUCUUACAACUUUGUGCCUACUUGAGGGGCACACGGAUGCUGUCUUCAGUUUUGCAUAAGAGGUUAUGCCCCUCUCCCCAGUUCUUUGGCUAAGUAAGUUAAAGCCCACCUACACAUGGCAGCUCCUCCCAUGAGGUGGCAAUUUCGGACGGAUUCUAUGCAACACCAUCCUCCCCACAGGGACUCCGAUUUGUCAUGCCUGCUAUGGGGAUCUUGUACACUGUGCAGAGCAAGAGCCAGGGAUGGACGAAAGGUAGAUCUCUGGAUGGUCUGCAGAAAAUCUGGAAGCGCUUCCAUGUCUCGGUGGUGUGGCAAAAUUGCCAGGAAAAUUGUUUUUGUACCAUGAUUGGCCAUGUCCUGUUUGCUUAUAUAUCUUUCCUGGAGAUGCUUGCCUGUACAAUAGGAGUAUUAAUUGAUUGCCUUUUCCCAUGGCUAUGCGCAGCUCUGUUGACCAGUUCUAUAGAGAUCUGUGUUGGAAUCCUUGAUCUAUAGCAGGGAUAGUCAUCGUGGUGCCCUCAAGAUGCUUUUGGACUACAACACCCAUCAGCCACAGCCAGUAUGGGCAUUGCACUUAUCGUGGAUGAUGGGAGGUGUAGUCCAACAAACUUCUGGAGGGCUCCGUCUCCAAGCCUGCUUUCAAAAGAGAAACUUAUUUUGUUUGUUACCCACCCAUCUUAAUGCCAGUAUUGAAGAUACAGGGGUGUCUAAAUCCUUACUGAUUUGCUGCGGACUAACAAGCUUGCCACUUUACUUUUGUUGCAGGUGAAAUUAGAUGCUACUGUGAUGCUGCACACUGUGUUGCAACAGGCUAUAUGUGCAAAUCUGAGCUCAACGCUUGCUUCUCUAGACUGCUUGACCCUCAGAACAGCCAUUCCCCACUUACUCAUGGCUGCUUGGACUCACUUGCAAGCACAUCGAACAUCUGUCAAGCUAAACAGACCCAAAACCACUCUGGAACUGCCAUUCCUAUGUUGGAGUGUUGUCACGAAGAUAUGUGCAACUACAGAGGGCUGUACGAUGUUCUCUCUCCUUCCAGAGGGGAGCCUUCGGGUAAGUCGUGCUCUUGUCUGAUACAUAAGUUUGCUUGCAACAGGCAAGACCUUGUUUUGUCUGCUAAUGAUUUUGGUCUUUUAAUACAACUAGGCACGCUGGAGUGGGAGGCAUGUGGCUAGACAGAUCUCUGCCAAAUAUCUUUGUAUCUGCAUUAGCAUGAGACACAAAGUUUGCUCCUUUUCAAGCAGGCCUGGCAUCUUGCCUGGGAAAACUUGUUCAGGGAGGGACACUACUCUAAGAAACCUAAUUGUGCCCAAUUUAGUCAGGGGAAAAUAAAACUAUUAGAAUGUGCGAAUGAACUUUAUGGAAGCCUGUUAAGCUUUAAUGAAAACAUGCACACAGCUUUUAAUUUAAAUCUGCUGCUUUGUUACUUUGCAUACACGAAGGUGAAAUCAUCAAGUCAAAGAGAAUAAAGUCCCAACGACUUUUCCCACAGCCGGGUGAAGUUAGUUAUUUAAAAGUAUGCAAAUAAUUCAUCUGACUCAACAAACUUCGGUGUUGCAAUUUCACUUAUGCCCUGCAGGUCAUGGAAGUAAAAUAAAAAUAAAUCUCUCCAUCACUGGGUGUAUCCAUUUAAUUGAAUUGAUGUGCCUGGUGUAUUCAUAACAUUGAAGUUGAUGUUUCCUUGCAUGGAAGGCUUGUGGUCCUUGGGAUGUUGGAUUACAAAUCCCAUCGACCCCACCCAGCACGACCAUUGGUCCGAGAUGAUGGGAGUUGUAGUCCACUGUUAGGGGAGGACACGACUUCCCCAUUCCUACAGUAAAGCUUAGCCAAAAGUCCAAAAUCAAUACUUUGCAGGGGGUGGGGACCAUCUAGCUGCUUUUUGUACAUGGGGUGCAGCAAUUGUUUUGUAUUUGCUUCCGUAAUGAUAGUCACUAGUACAUCAAAACCCAAUGCCUGCUAUGAUAGUCCUUUUUUGUGUGGCUUGCUAAAGCACCUCACAACUCUUAUCUUUGCAAUCGUGUGAAAAGAAGAGAUAGCAACUUGCCCCAUGGCUCACCUUGUAAAUUGCAGAGCUGAAAUUUCCAUGUGCUUUGGAACAAACCGGGAUUUGCCUCUGCAAACACUGAGCAAAUAGUUUCAGUCUGGUCCUAUCUCCUUGGUGUUUCUCCCUAUGCUGGAUAAAUGCACUGCAAUAUUUCAUUACAUUUUUUGUGUACCUAAGCAUGUAAUACGUACAGAAGCGUAGAGCUGCUGAAUUGAAAGCUGGGUUCCUAGUGUCCAUAUAUAACACCACAUUUACCUUAGUUUUUCUUUGGUAGUAUGUGAACAUCUAAGGCAGGGGUCAGCAACCUUUUUCAGUCGUGGGCUGGUCCACCGUCCCUCAGACCAGGUGGUGGGACAGACUAUAUUUUGAAAAAAACAUAAUGAACCAAUUCCUAUGUCCCACAAAUAACCCAGAGAUGCAUUUUACAUAAAAGCACACAUUCUACUCAUGUAAAAACACGCUGAUUCCCGGACUGUCCAUGGGCCAGAGUUAGAAUCCAGCCCCCGGGCCUUAGGUUGCUUACCCCUGACCUAAGGCCAUGGAAAUGCCCUCCUGUCUGGCGCACACUGGUUCCAAAUACAGUGGUAAUUUGUAACAAGGGUUAACACUGGUGAUGUCACAUUACUUCAUAACCCUGGGCUGGGGUACCCGUGACCCUCUGGAUGUUGCUGGAUUACAACCCCCACCACCCUGGCCCUUGACCUGGGGCUGAUGGGAGGAGGGAGUUCAACAAUGUCUGGAGAGCAAUAGAGUUCUCUGGAUUCAGUGUAGCCUAAGCAAAUAGCCGAGUUUCUCUAGAACUGGCAAGCUUUGGGUCGUGAUCAGAUUAGGGAGAAAAAUGUAGGGAGCAUCUCUCUUUGAAAUGAGCAGACCUUUCCCCCCUUCCAUCCCCUGAGAGGGUAGUCUUAAAAAGAAAGGGGCUUGGGGAAGCUUCCACUUUUUGCGGUUGAAACACAGGCUUCAUGUGGAGCAGAAGGGACCUUUCUGAACACCAUCCGUCUCUCCUCUCUUGCAGGACAAGGGAGCAGAUACCAGCACGAGGGCAGCAGAAACCUCAUCACGAAGGUUCAGGAGCUGACCUCCUCCAAAGAACUGUGGUUCCGGGCAGCUGUCAUCGCCGUCCCCAUCGCUGGCGGGCUGAUCCUGGUGCUCCUUAUCAUGCUAGCUCUGCGCAUGCUCAGGAGCGAGAACAAAAGACUGCAAGACCAGCGGCAGCAGAUGCUGUCCCGAUUGCACUACAGCUUCCACGGGCAUCAUUCCAAAAAGGGGCAGGUUGCCAAGCUAGACUUGGAGUGCAUGGUGCCAGUCACGGGGCACGAGAACUGCUGCAUGACCUGCGAGAAGAUGAGGCAGCCGGACUUGGGCAGUGACAAAAUACUCUCGCUAGUCCACUGGGGAAUGUAUGGCGGGCAUGGAAAGCUGGAAUUUGUGUGAUCACGUCGCCUUUUGGUCUUUUUAUAUAUAUAUAUAUAUAUAUAUAACUAUAUUUUAAAAUUUUGUUCUUUAAAAUUGCUAGGAAAACUUUUCCAAGGCCUUUGGGUUCUGCUGGACAGGAGCACUUUAUACAGGGAAAGCCUACAGUCAUUAAUCGUGUUUUUUAAGAAAACAAAGGACCUCUGCAGAUUGAACCUUGGAUAUAUGUCUUCUGAAGGAUCCCAAAAGUUACCUUAUUUGCACAGAGUAAAUACAUUCAAGUGUAUUGUUUGCUUUAAAGUUAUGAAAGCAAAAAAACCGAGAAGUUGUACACACUGUUACCAGGGUUGUCUGAGCUGUAGGGAGGUGGAAAUUUUGAGUUAUACUAUUAAAUUGUAUGCAAGUUCUGAUG